UGUACAUAUACAGCUCUGUAAAUACGCAGACUCAGAUUUUCCAAUUUUCAGAAUAGGGUUUACCACUUUUUUGCAAAGAUUUGCUCUGUAAACUGCAGUAGUUUAACUGAUCUCUUGGACAAGUACAAGAAAAGAGAUGUUGUUAUGGUCAGUUUAAAUGACUGCCAUUCAUGCUAUCCUUGCAACCCACUACAGCUCAGGUCCCUGUAAGUACCACUUGAGGCUGACCAACCGGGGCCGACGCUUCCACCAGCUCUACUGGAUGACCGAAGGUUUCCCUCCUUUCUGCCGCCGGGCUCUCCAACCAUCCCACUCCAACAGUUCCAGGGGUGACAGACGAUGCGAAUCAGAUGGACCUGCCUUCAUCAUUGAGCCUCCAUAUGUUGAGUUGGCUCCUGGUCAGACUGCAGACAUGGUACUAGUUGGCUUUUCCAACACCUCAGUGGUUGUUCAGGAGCGACUGCUGUGUCAGGCAAUCUUGGGCCAGAAAGGAGGAAAAGAGCGUAUCAUGACAGUGGAUGUCACAUGCAAGUUUGUGUCCCCAGUCCUAAAAUUUUCCUCCCAGGAGCUCAGCUUCUGUGCAGAAAAGACCUUGGGUGUUUCUCUGGUCCCCCUGUACCAACCACUCGUCCUGACAAAUGUGUCCUCUCUACCCCUGUCCAUGGAGCUGGCUCUGGUCAAGCCCUUUGGCCUGUGCGACCAUCCAGAGGACCCCUCGUUCGUCACUUCAAAGAUCCAGACACUGGGGGUGGGGCAGGAUGUGAAACUUUGGGUGUGCUUCAACUCAUUGCACUGGCAGGACCACGUUACCCACGUGGUUGAAGAGAAGCUCGAGGUCCACUACCAAGACCACCCACAGCGGGACAGCAUCAUUCUGCGGGGAGAGGUGCGCUUCCCCAACCUGCGAUUCUCCAGCACCAGCCUAGACUUUGGCUGCAUUUUCAACCACACCGAGAGCCAGAAGCAGCUAACCAUGACCAACUGCAGCCGGCUGGCUGUAACGUACCACUGGGCCUUCCUAGUGGAGCAGGUCUGGUACCACAUCAGUUUCCCUCAGGAGGCAGAUACCUCAGUGAAACAGACACCGGCAGACUCCAAGGUGGACAGGCCUGAGAUGAGAAAUGCAGACGGCAAGAAGGAGCCUCACAGUCAGCGGCUCCGACAGUUUGACCAAAAACAUGGAAACUCAAAAAGACGGUCCCAGACAUCACCUCACCAGCAAGAUUCAAAAGGGCCUCCCUCAAAGCAGCACAAAAGCAACUUCAUUCAAACACGCAAAGAGCGCUCCAGUCUAGGUGUGGAGGAGGUGUUUGAUAUCCUGCCGAUGUCUGGGGAGCUGCAGCCGGGCGAAAGCCAGCAUGUGUGCUUCACUUUCUAUGGCCAUGCCAACAUCAGUGGUCAGGUUCUCGCCCUGUGUGAGGUGGAAGAAGGACCAACUUAUGAGAUUGCCCUGAAGGGGGAGGCCUCACAGGUCACAUAUACCCUAGAUAGGAUGGAAAUUGACUUGGGGGUGCAGCUGUUUGACCGCGUGGCUGAAACUGAGCUCAUCCUGAGAAACACAGGGAAGGUUGGCUUUGACUUCAGUGUGCAGACACUGGAAGGCCUGUCCCCCACCAGCCUCCCAGCUGGCCUGCCCCUUGUUGUCCCAAACUCGGGCCACAUAGAGGCAAACAAAGAACAAAAACUAGCAGUGUAUUACCUGCCAGGGGUUCCUGAGGUCUUCCACAAAAGCUUUGAGCUUCAGGUGUCAUACUAUGAGCCAGAGAGCAUCACCCUGACAGGAGAGGGUAUUUUUCCAAGAAUCUGCCUUGACCUGCCCAGAUGCCUGGAUGAGGAGAAGUACACCUCAGUCCUACAAGAGGCAAGAGAGCUGCUGGAAAAGGAGACAAGGCCAGUGAUGAGGGGUGGAGAUCUCUCCGCGGAUAACUAUAUCCCAACAUAUGACACCCUGCUGCAGAUGGAGAUGGAGAGGCUGCUGGUGAAGAAAGUCACAGAGGGCCCACUGGCCAGCCCUGCGGCCUGCGGGGAUACAUCUACACCUAAGGUCAACGGGCACUGUAGGAAAAUCAGCAGACUCGUGCUGCCUGAGUACAUGCUGGACUUUGGCUAUGUGAUCCGCAACAGUGUGCAGACCCACACUGUGAAAGUCACUAACACAGGGCCAUUGCCCGUGUCCUUCUGGGCUGACCAACGCCACCUUGCUUGCUCAGGGUUCAGCACAGAGUUGGACAAAGUGAAAAACUUGCCAAGCGGUGAGACAGAGACAUUCGAAGUGAAGUUUGACCCCCGUGGGGCCAGUCUGGACCUUGGGGAAGCUGUCAGUCUCUUUCCCAUCCGGAUCGUGGGUGGGCCAGUGGUGCAGGUGCGUCUGCGUGCAACAGUUACCAUGCCCUCGCUCAGCGUCUCCACAGAUACUCUGCAGUUUGGCACCAUCCAGUGUGGCUUGUGUAAGGUGGUCACUGUCCAGCUGUUGAACCCGGAGUCAGUGCCCAGCGAGUGGACCAUUUCUGAAGAGCAGCAGGCUAAGAAGAAGAUUGACAAGCAUGUGCCCCUCCAUAUCCGACGGAGAAUGUGGCAGGAGCGAAAGCCCGUUCCUAUUGUGUUCGAAAUUCUACCUCCCUCUGGGGUGCUGCUGCCUGGAGAAAGGGUCAAUGUGCAGGUGAAAUUCACCCCUGCCGAAGGGAAAACCUACAGCCAGCCACUGGUGCUCUCGGUUGCGCAGAGUUCCCAGCGUGUCCUUCUGCUGGCCCAGGGGCAAGGAGAGGAGCCGCAGCUGGAGUUCUCCUCUUCGGUGCUGGAGCUGGCGCCCAUCCUGCCCUACAGCAGAGGCGAGGAGGGAGAGGUGCUGGUCCGAAACCCCUGCUCCUUCCCUGUUGAGUUCUACUCCCUGGAAUUUGACAAACAGUACCUGGAAGAGGAAAAGAUCCUGUGCAUGAUGAAAGGCUAUGAUGCCAAGAACAUUCUGCUGUUGCCCCCACGUGCCCCGGGGGAGACGCUGCCCCCAGAACUGCUGGACUACUACAAGAAGCAGAGUGCACAGGAGCAGGAGGAUUUGCAUGUGGCGGAGAUGAAAUCUCUCAAGGAGAGAGAGACUCUUGAGGCCGAGGAGAAGGCCAUAGCCUCGCUGCAGGCUGAGGUGAUGGCACAGCCCCUGCCCUUGGGCAGCCAGUCAGAAGAUGACAGGAAGGAGACCAAGGGUCAGUCAUCGAGCGGAGAGGAUCAAGCAGAGGAUCAAGAUGACAGCGGAGGGACCAUCUCUGUGGGCGAGCUGGAGAUCGACCCUGUUGCCAGGGCCAUUGCCCGCUAUAUGGGCACUGACCUCUUGCCUGGGGGGCAAGCUGUCCAAAAUCGCAAAGGCAUUGCUAUCAUUGUGCACGGGGCACCACUUUCUGGUAAGACUGAGACGUCGGUGACAUUGGCAAAGUAUUAUGGGGCUGCGUGUUUGAACAUCGAUGCCGUGGUGCUGGAGGCGGUCACCAGUGGGGAGAGCACAGCUGCGCUGCGGGCGAAGGAGCUGUGUGCCAAGGCAACUCUGGAACAUUCUCAGAGGAGGCUAGAGGAGGCUGCCCAGGAUGCCCCUGAGAUGACAGUGCCGUUGGGCACCGCUGAUGAUGCCCUCGGUGUGGACGUCCUGGUGAGGGACAGUGCUGAGGGUGAUGAGACCCAGCCCGCUAUGGCCUCACAGGGCCUCCCACCCGGCCAAGUCCCCAAGCAACUGAGUGGGAGCUCGACAGGGGACCUCGGCCUGGUGAGCUGCGUGCUGCCAGAAGAGCUGCUGGUGGACAUCCUCACAGACAGGCUGCAGCUGAGUGACUGCCAUUGUGGGGUGGUCAUUGAUGGACUGGACACGGUGUACAGCCAUUCUCCGGCCAAAGCCCUGCAAGCUGUCCUCAAGGCCUUCAACAACCGAUGCUUCAUUUAUGUAAUCAACCUGGUGCAGACUUUUGAAGCUUUCCAAGCCAAGGAGAAAGCUCAGAGGGAGGCAGAAGAAAACCAACAGAGGGAGAUUGAGGAAAUGGAGAGGAUGCGGUUGCAGGAGAUGGAUGAGGAAGAAUAUGAUGCCUUACCAGAAGAAGAAAAAAAGCGCUUUGCCCUUAAACACCUGGAGGACCUGAAAAAGCACAAAGAGCAGGAGCGGAUGGAGCGAGAGCAGGAGGAACGCAGGUGCCAAGAGGAGCAGGAAAGGCUGAGGGAAGAAGAGGAUGUUAAGAAGAAGAACAAGAAGGUGAGAAAGGAGCCACAAAAAGAAGAUGCGCCUGGAAAGAAGAGUCAGCUAGGAGGAAAACAGUCAGCCACUGCCCUGAAAUCUGAAAGUAAGUUGGACCUUCCCCUCAAGGAGGUAAAGAAGAUGCCGUUCAGUGCGGAUAGCAAGGAGCCAAAAGAAUCCCUGGAAGAGGGUGCCAGAGAGCCAGAGGACGGUAACAAGAGAAAGCCCAAAGAGGGGAAGGGAGCAGGGCAGGAGGAGCUGCUGAUGUCCAGUGAAGAUCCAGACAGAGAGCUGGGCCAAUGCAGUGAGAGUGCCAAGCUGUUGCAGGCUCGCUUCCAAGAGUAUGAGCAGAACCAAGCCCUGGUCCGUCACAUUGUGGAGUACUGGAACCGGACACAAGGGCAGCUGCUACAGGCGCUUCUUCCGGAGGAGCUGCUCCUAGAAGGAGAAGACACAACUCCAGCUGUACCUGAAAGGCAGGUACCAUCUGGGAAGAGGGCCAAGAAAGAGCGUGAGAAGGAGAAGGUGGAGAAGGAGCGGGAGCGACUGGAGAAGGAGAAGUUCAGGAUGGAUAGUACCGACCCCAAACUGGCACCACUCACCGGGAGCACUGAGUUAACUGUGACAGGAGGCGAUGCUCUUGAGGGAGCUGAGAAGGAGGCAUUACCUGAGAAGGUGCCUUACCUCCUAUUGCCUGUCAGUGGGAGGGACCAUUCCAGCGGAACAGAGAUCCUGCAGACUGGAAAACUGCCCACCGUUGAAGAGGUCCUGGAUGAGCUAGGACUGGGGCCCAAAGGCCCUCCCAUCCCUCCUCCUACUAUUUUCUCCGUGGUCCCGUACCCUCAGAAACGGCCCGUUCUCAGUGACCAACAGCUGACAGGCUGCUUUACAUUCAUGGUGCCAGCAGCAGAGGAGCCUGGAGAGGGGAUCAGGGAGGAUAUGGAUCUGCUGGGCUCUACCUCUUUCCCAGCCUCUCUGUCCAAAAUGCCGAAGGAGGAUCAGGUCCCAUCCUCAAAAGGCAGGGGGAAGAAGGCUGAUGCAGGGAAGGAGAGUCAGAAGGAGAAGCGGAGAACUGGCAAAAAAGGCAAACGGGGCACUGAGUCACCACCACUCAGUACUGUGACCGCUAUGUCUGACACAGAGUCCCAACUGGAGCGGAGCCAGAAGCUGACUACUUUCCGCUGGAUUGUCCCUCCUAAUGGCCAGGUAACUCUUAAGAUUUGGUUCCACUCACUCUUGCUGGGCAAGUUUGAACAGACUCUCAAUUUUGAGGUGAUGGGCACCAAGAGGCACUAUCAGCUUGUCUGCAAAGGGGUCUGUGCCUAUCCAUCCAUUAGUCAGGACUACAAGACCAUGUUUACACACUGUCGAAAGGCCUUGUUUCCAGAAAACAGCCUCCCAAAGACCUACAUUAUCAGCACUGGAGUGUAUGAUUUCGGCCCUUUGCUUUGUGGGAAGAACCGAGACAGGUACAAGGAAAGGAAGUAUCCCGAAAAUGGGGUGGCACUGGUCAUUCACAACAACUCCCCAAUAGAUACUGAAGUCCACUUCUGCUUCAAGAAUGAUACCAAGGCCAUGACUUUCAUGCUGGACCCGUCCAGUAUGACCCUCAAACCAAAUGAGAGACAGGAGCUGACUGUGUGGGCAUAUCCCACCUCCCCUGGGCUGGUUGAGGACAGCGUGAUCUGCUGUGUGAAAGAAAACCCCGAAUCCAUUGUUAUCCGCUUCUCCUGCCAGGGGGUCCGCCCUGAGCUGGAGUUGGAUCGCAAGCAGCUUCACUUUGACAAAGUCCUCCUUAACAGGAGGGUCACUAAAACUCUGUGCCUGAGGAACAGCACCCUACUACCAGUGGCAUGGAGGCUGAGCUUGUUAGAUUCACUAGGGGAAGAGUUUGGUGUUUCCCAGGACCAAGGGGUUAUCCUACCUCAGGCUGAGUACAACCUACAAGUGCACUUCCGUGCCACGCGACCUGUCAUAAUGAAGAAGGCCAUUCGCCUAGAGGUGUUGGAUUCAGAAAACAUCCUGGGCAUCGUCCACACAGAGAACAUCCAGGUCCUGGCCGAGGCCUACGAUGUCGCUUUUGAUAUUACAUUCCCCAAGGGAACCAGCCUAAGCUCUCAGAAAUCUGAUGGUGCACUUGACUUUGGGACAGUCAAAGUCUCAGAAGAAGUUAAGCUUUCUCUGACCCUGAAAAAUAAAGGAAAAUAUGAAGUAGUUUUCAAGUUUGUUCUGGACCCCACGGACCAGACUAUACCUGAUUUGAACUCCCUUUUCACGAUCAUGCCUCCAAAGGGCUCCCUCCACCCCAGUGAUCGCCCCACCAAUGUGCAGUUUGUCUUCCACCAUGACAAGGAAAUCUGCAUCAAAGAACAGCCGAUCAUAUUACUGCAGGUGAUUGAACCAAAUAUCACAGCCGGGGGUGAAAUCAUCGGACUCAUGCCCAUCAAAGUGUCUAUCCAGUCCCUUUUCACUAAGUACAGCAUCCAGCCCUCCACUGAUAUUAACUUUGGCCCCUUGGUCUGUGGGAGCCGCAAGUCCUACACCUUCACCAUUGAGAACUGCGGUGAAUUUGAGAUGCGUUUCAACAUUUCCAGGAUGUCUAAGGAUAUGCCACUGUCUGUCCAAAGGAAAGGUGGUGGGGUGGUCAAACGCAGUCGUUCACGGGAGAGCCACUCAACCAAGACCGUCACUGGAAGUAAAAUACAUCGCACUGAGUCCAUACAGAAGGAUGUGGGCCAGCCCACACAGGCUCGCCUCACCAUGGGUGUGUUCUCUCUAUCCCCUGGAUUUGGCAUCCUGGUACCAGGUGCCCACCAGGCCGUCACUGUGGAAUGCGCGGCUGAUCAGUUGGGCAGCUGGGAGGAAUGCCUGGCAGUAGACAUCACUGACCGUGACCCUACUGACCACCCUAAUGGCAUCCCUUGUCGACUAGCAGCUGAAGUCUGCAUGCCAGGAAUACUGCACAAAGACAUUGCCUCUAUCUUCGAGGAGCACCACAUCUGCAAGAACAGCAACCUGCUGAGCUGUGAGCCGUUUAAGGAUGCUCUGGGCAUCUACAUCCAGGACGAAAAUAAGUUUGUCUUCAACAACGUACUGGUGGGUCGCCCCGCAAAGGCCCGCUUCCGCAUCACCAACCCAGGGAAGGUGCCAUGCGAGUUGAGUCUGGCAAUCAAGUCUGUUCCCACCAAGAUGUCCGUGCGUGCCGGUGAUGCGUUUGAGGUGACGCCUGCCCGCGUGUGCAUUCCCAGCCACUCACACACCUUCGUGGAGGUUGUCUUCGCCCCUCAGAGCAUGCAGACGUACAGUGCCAUUUUUGAGGUCACGUUGGAAGGAUGUGUGAGUUGGGUUCCAGUGGCCAAGACAAAGGCUCUAGCAUUUGAGCUGGCGGGGGACGGGAACCUGCCCCGCGCGGCAGUUCUACGACCACUGCUGAGGACCCCUCGGGGGAACCCACUGCUGCAGUUCAAGCGCCUGCUUGUAGGCCAAAGUCAGGUCCUGGCCCUCGUACUGAAGAACGAUGGAACUGUUCCAGCACAGAUAAACAUUGAUCUGCUGGACCAGACAGGUGUGUUCACAUUGAAGGAAGCAUCAGGAACUGUGAGCAGCUCUGUGUCUCCCCCCCGUACGGAGAGCGAGAGUGAUGCAGAGAGAAAAGUGGAACACGAAACCACUCUAUGUCUCACCGUGGGUCAGCAAGUGGAGAUCCACAUGGAGUUCCGGCCUAUGGCAGAGCAGGUUUUUGAGGCUCAAGUGCGCCUCCUGGUGACGGACAAUCAAUACGAGGAGACAGUUGUACAGCUGGUGGGGGAGGGGUACCGAGAUGUCGUAACACUGGACAACAUCGGCGGCAAAGCCCACGCAGAGGACAGCGGUACCACGGUAGAGGGACUCAGGUCCGACAUCCUGCACCUUGGAGACUGCCACGUGGCUAGGCCUUACCAGGACACAUUCACCAUGACCAACCACAGCAGCUCUGAUGUACUUCGGUUCGAAUGGCCCCCUGAUGGUCCACAGCUCCGGUUCUUCCCCAGGGUGGGCCACCUUCAUGCAGGCUGCUCCAAGGAUGUGACAGUAACCUUGUGCUCAGAGCAGCCCGUGGUCCUUAAUGCCCAGCUGGUGAAGUGCAAGUUGUGUCGGGUGGUCUUCCAGCAGCCUGUCGACCAGGUGCCGGACUGGGAUGACCGACUGAGAACCGUAAAAUGGGUUGAUGCUGGGAAACAGGUCGCCACACCUCGACCAAGCAAGAAAAAGGUAAUUGAGCCAGACCCAGAACCAGCCCAUUCCGUGGUGGAGAACUCAUCCAGGGAACUGGAGCUCCGGGUCAGCGCUGUGUGUGACUACGCCAAGUUCACGUGCAAGGCAGAGAAUAUUUGCUUCAAAGACACAUUGUUGUACCAGACGAGAGUGUACCAGUUCCAGAUACAGAACUCGGGGAGCGUACAGUUGGAAUUCUCCUGGCAGGUACUAAUGGAGCGGUUAGGAAUGAACAACAGCUUCACUUGCAAAGCGACAUCGCAGCCUGUAACCCCGCGCUCACGCCAGGAGAGCAGGACAGCUCCUAGACCAGCUACUGCUUUGGGGAGUGUGUCUAACCUACUUAUGGGAGAUCCCGAGCUUCCCCCGUUCUCUGUGGAGCCCAGCACUGGGAACAUUAACCCUGGGGACAGCCUGACUUUCCACAUCAAGUUCUCCCCUCUGGAGGUGGCUGAGUAUGAAGGUCGCCUGAUGUGCAGCAUCCCCAACCUGAAAGAGGAGCAGGGCCCCACCAUGGCGGUGAGCGGUCGCAGCCUGCUUCCCUACUGCCACUUUCACCUGGAGGACUCCGACUAUCUCAGUGCCGGCAGGCGCAACCCAGACAUGCGUGGCUCCUAUGGGGCCCCUACCAAGGCCACAUUGGACCCCAGCACUAGGGUCAUUGAGUUUACCGCCGUGGGCAUCGGUACCUCUGUCCCAAGGACCUUCAGCAUGGUGAACCCAACCAGCAAGCCCUACUCCUUCGUGUGGAGGUGUGAGGACUUGGGAGAGACCUCCUUCAAGUGCAUCACCCCCAAGGGUUCCAUUCAGCCUGGAAAAAAAGCAGAGGUCACCUUUGAGUUUCAAGCCCACGACCUUGACAUGGUAGAGUCCUUCUGGACCUUCCUGAUUCCAGAGCAAGGCAUCUCAGUUCCAUUCCUGCUUGCGGGCAUUGCCAGUGAGCCUAAGGUGUACAUGGAUCGUGUCCAUCUCAACCUGGGCAGCCUGCUUGUGGGUCGCAGAAUCCAGGAGAUGGUGUACAUAGUGAACGGGGAAGACAUUCCUUACCGUUUCUCCAUCCGUGAAACUUCCCGUCACGCAGAGGCCUUCCUUGACAGCCUGGAGCUGGACACUCUGGUGGGCACCGUGAGACCCCACGAAAGGUUCCCUGUGACCAUCUCCUUCACUCCCAACCAAGAGGGCACAGUGUCCUUCAGCCUGGUGUGUGAUGUGAGGAGCAAGAUGCAGCCACUGACCCUGAAUGUGAAGGCAGAAUGCCACAGCCUGAGUGCUUGUGUGCAAUGCCAGGGUCCAGAUGGGGACAUCACUGAGCUGAGCCCAGGGAUCACCCACCAGGUUGACUUCAAGCAGGUGGAGCUGAGUGACCGAUCCUUGUGCCAAUUCCUGCUGUCGAACCCAUGCAAGUUCUGCCUGGAUGUGCAGUAUGAGCUGCUGGGCCCACCAGAGUUUCAGCGCCACCUGCAGGUGGACCCCGUGAGGGACUGCGUGCCUGUGGGUCAGCAGAGCCAGUGCACCGUGACCUUCUUGCCACUGAAGAAGUGUGUGAUCAAGGAUGUCAUCCUUUCCCUUAGCGUGAAGAACGGGCCAACGUUCAGCUGCUCCUUCUCAGGCUGCGCUGUGGCCCCCAGUGUGCAUUUCUCCUUCCUCAAGCAUAAUUUUGGGAUGAGCUUCCUAUACAGUGCUGGCAUGGUGCCUCCCUCACAGACGCUGGUUAUCUCCAACAGGGGCAAACAGACACUGAGCCUGGGAUGCCUGUUUCACAACACAGCACACUUGGAGGUGGGCUUCCAGCCCGAAAUGUUGCCCCCCGGUGGAGCAGCGGAGGUCCCGAUCACAUUUUACGCACGAAAAGUCAUGCACUACAAGGAGAAGAUCGUCUUCGAGAUCAACGAGUGCACCAGGCAGGUGGUGGAGAUCCUGGGUCAGGGCAUCAAAAUGAAGAUCGAAGUGGAAAACCCCAAACAGAAGGUGGUGAACCUGGGGGCUCUCCAGAUUGGCCAGAGGACCAAGACAGUGGUCCCUGUGGUGAACAACAGCCCCGCACCACUGACCGUCUGCCUGCUUUUCAGCCCGUCUGUGCACACACUGCUGGACCCCAAGGUGUUCUCAGUGAGCCCAACUGGUGAGGUAACGCUGAAGGCCAGUGGGGGGCGCUGCUUGUUGGAGCUGCUGUUCUCCCCAAAGCAGCACAUGGCCCCGUUUAGGGAAGAGCUGCAGUUGGAGUGCCUGGGGACAGUGUGCCCCCUGCUGGUGCUGCAGGGCUGCUGCCAUGGCGUGGAGGUGAUGCUUGACCAGACCUGCCUGCCUUUUGGGGCUGUGGCCAAGGGUGGACAAGCUAGUCGCCGUGUUGUCAUGAGUAAUACGGGAGACAUGGGAGCGAGGUUCAAGUGGGAUACAAAGAAAUUUUCCCCUGACUUCUCCAUAAGUCCAACAGAGGGGUACAUCUGCCCUGGAAUGGUAAUCCCAUUUGACGUGACCUUUUCCCCAGUGGAACUGAGCCAGGAUAUUCGCUACGAAAAUGUUCCCUGCACCAUCGAGGGCGCCAAGCCCAUCAGGCUCACUGUGUCAGGGUCCUGUGUCAUGCCCCUCGUCACCAAGGAGGUGGUGAACUUUGUUUGCCAAGUGCGCAGUCAACAAUCGCAGACCAUCACCCUGUCCAACCGCACGGGUCAGCGCUGGAGCCUCAAGCCAGAGCUGGAAGGAGAACACUGGAGCGCCCCGUCUUCCCUUGUGAUCGAACCGUUCCAGCUGAACAAGCCCUUUGAAAUCAUUUACAAGCCUCUCGUCAUGACAGCCGACGGCAAGAAGCAUCAAGGCUCUGUAUUCUUCUCCUUCCCCGAUGGAACGGCCACACAGUACACCCUGCUUGGAAUCUCGGAGCCCCCGAAAGCAGCUGGCACCAUCUUCCGCGAGAUGCCAUGCAAAACCCCCUACACAGAGCUGCUGCCUGCGCACAACUGGCUGGCCAAGCUCCAGAGGUUCCGUGUUGUUGCGGAGAUCAUUAAGACUGAACAUCCUGACAGCACUGUGUCCCUCAAAGGACUGGACUAUCUGGAUGUGCCGGCGUUGACCAAGAGGGACUACAAACUCUCCUUCUUCACCUAUAAAGAAGGGCUGUAUAAUGCCAGGGUGACUUUCCGCAAUGAGGUGACCCAGGAGUACCAGUUCUAUUAUCUAAACUUCAAAGCAACAGCGCCAGGAGUGAUCCGGACCAUCGAGAUGGCCACACCGUUACGGCAGACGGCCUCGGCCACAGUGGAGGUGGAGAACCCGCUCUCUGUCACUGUCUCCUUCACAGUGGAGUGCCGCAGUGCGGACAUCAGUGUGCCGUCCCUGCUGUCUGUGCCUGCAAUGUCCACGGGUACGCUAACAUUUGAGUACCAGCCCUUACGGGUAGGCGACUUUGCCACCCGCCUCAGCCUGCACAAUGUCGAUCUGGGCUACUUCCACUAUGACCUGGUGCUCAAGGCACUGCCUGCCCCCCCGGAGAAGCCGCUCUUCUUCCGCGCACCGCUGGGCAGUGGCCAGUACGGCACCGCCAAGUUCGUCAACUACUCCCGCAUCAAGACUGAGUACAUUUGCAAGACGGACAGUCCUGACUUCACAGUGGAGAAGAGCAUCAGUGUGUCUGCAGGGAACCAGGCAGGCAUUGAAGUCAGUGUGGAGGUGCACUUUGAGCCCUGUCAGCUGGGGGAGAGCCGGGCAACCCUCACCAUUACCUCCGGCCCCGGCGGCGAGUAUGUGUUCCCACUCAUCGGCACCAGCGUUCCCCCCAAAGCUCAGGGCCCUUUCCCUGUCCGCAUGGGCACCAGCAUCUCCAUCCCCUUCAAGAAUGUUUUCCUACAGGCCACAGCCUUCUCCUUCCAGGUAGAUAACCCAGCUUUCACUGUGAAGGGGGUGGAAACUGUUCGUUCCAAGAAAUCCCUCAACGUCCUGGUUUCGUAUGAAGGCUCUGCAACGGGUUCCCACGGGCCCUGCACCGGAAAGCUCACCAUCUUCAGCCCACGGACCGAGGGCCAUGGCCAGAGCAUCAGCUGGAUCUACUACCUGAAGGGCAUCAGCCACGAACUCUCCCAACGGGACAAGCCCUCUUAGAGGACUGCUCGCCUCCCACAGCCCCCUGGGCAUGUCUCUCACCCAUAAUUUACCACCACUGCCCCUUUUACCCAGCCACCACUUGUUUGUUGCUUUAGAGAAAAGUGUAUGGAAAAUGAAUAAAUGUAACUAUGAAAAGUACAAAGCUCCACUUCAAAUGCAGAAAACUAGAGAACUUUGCCUCAUUUUUUUCUUCUCUUUUCUGCGCUUGGUGCUUUUGAACA